AUGUCAUUAAGAGACCCCAAUCCAGAAGAUACCAAGGUGGACGAGACAGGCGACUUGAAGGUUGAAAUGAAGUUUGCUGCAGCUGGAGAACACAAAGAUCCCGACCCUGAAGAUAAUAGUAGUAUCGACAAGGAUGUGAACGACGAUCCUUCCAAGUGCCCUCCCGAUUUGUCAGGGACCAAAACAUCGUGUCUGCAAGCCGAAGCGUACAGUGAAGAAGACAAGCGACGCAUCCUCAGUUCGCUGCAGAAUGAACAGUCCGUCCGAGAAAUUGACAAUCUCAUUAACCAGCUUCGAACCUUUCCAUCCUCGUCCGACAACAAAAAGUCAUCCAAACGCAGCAAAAUUCUCUUUAGUGUUGCACUGAUCCUGUUGGCUAUUGCCGCUGGAACCAUUGCCAUUGUGCUUGGUCUGACAUUGACAAAUGGCAACAAAAAUGACAAUGAUCCAACGGGCGCAACGGGGCCUUUGACGACCCCUGGCAACGACACGACAAUAAAUGAGACAUCGAAUCCGAAUAAUAAUUCAAGCAUCGACGAUACGCCUGCUACCCUUGUUUGGGAUCAGGUGGGACGAGAUUUGAGUGGCACCCUUUGCACGGAAUUUGCUUGCAUCAACACGCAGCACCGUUUCGGUGCCUCUGUAUCGCUGUCGGGCGAUGGGAAACUGGUGGCAGUCGGAUCGGGAGAACGUGGAAUACCCGAUCGAUACCAAGAACUUCCAGAAGACCCGUACGACUCGGCGUUCGUCAGUACCUUUGAAUAUGUCGACGACUCGGCGUGGGUAUCAUUGCCAGUUCCCGGCGACUCUUCAAGUGGUUUCUACAAAUCGGUUGCUCUUUCGGAAAAUGGACGUGUUCUUGCUGUGGGGUCGCCAGUAAAACAGGGCGUCGGUGAGGUCAAUGUUUAUCGUCUCGUUGGUGAAGGACCUGACAAGGGUUGGGAGCCCAUGGGGGACACGAUUCUUGGAGUGACGGAGCCACCGCAAGAUGACGAUUUCGAGCCAUAUUACCCGCGAGAUGGAUUGUUUGGCUGGGCGGUGUCCCUUUCCAGUGACGGGUCAAUUUUGGCCGUCGGGGCACCAGAAUACUUUGCCUACGAUUACAAUGAAACGACUGGUGAUUACACAGCGGUUCAAGGUCAGGCUACAGUUUACUCCUACGAAUCGGACAUUCAAUCUUGGGUUCAAAUGGGCGAUGGUUUGAAUGAUGGUUCUAAUGGAGACGUGCUGGACAAACUUGGGUGGGCGUUGCAGCUCUCCGGUGAUGGGCUUUCCUUGGUGGUUAGCGCCCCAGCGUCAGAAUGGCCCAACGAUGAGUCUGGAGUUGUCUUUGUAAUGAAAUAUGAAAACAACACUUGGAGCCAGUUUGGACAAGCAAUUGCGGGAGACGGUAGGCACUUCACAUUCGGCAAGGCAGUGGCCAUUUCCAGAGAUGGAAUGACUGUUGCAGCAAGUUCACCGGAAGAUUUUGCGAGUGCCGACGGAAAUGGCUUUGCUCGUAUCUAUCGAUACUUCAGCCAGUCUGGUGAUUGGGCACAACUUGGUCAAAGAAUCGUUGGAUCACUUUACAGGAGCAAGUUUGGAACCUCGAUUGCGUUGUCUGGGGAUGGCAACCAAGUUGUCAUUGGAGCCCCUGGUACUGCCGGCUACGGCUUUGGACAUGUCCAUGUGUACGAGUUGGACGGUGGUUCAUGGGUGCAGCUUGGCAACAGCAUUCUCGGCGAAACUCCAGGGUACGCUGUUGCUGUAUCUACCUACGGCACUACUGUUGCAGUAGGGGACCACAGUGAUGAUAGGGAAUCUGGACAAGUCCGCGUCUUCCGCUUGCAGGAGUUGGGACCCGAUGAACCGCCACCAGAGACAUUGCCUCCUAGCAUUCCAAUCAGGACAUAUGAUUUCAGCACAACAGAGAUCAAUGAUCUUCCUGAUGAACGGUUGACGUCUAUCCCGACAGAAGUGGGAAGUCUAACGCGACUGACACGAAUUUCGCUCAACGAGACGUAUCUCACGGGGACGAUUCCAACCGAUUGGAGCCAAUUGUCCUUGUUGCAAGAGCUUGAUUUAUCUGACAACUCGCUCUCUUCUACGAUCCCGUCAGAGCUGGGGCUGCUGACAUCACUAACCAGACUUUCCCUCGCUACCAACAGCCUCAUUGGCAGUAUUCCAACCGACCUUGGUCUUUUGACGGCGUUGACUGAACUUGACUUGGGAUGGAACGACUUGUCGGGUGCCCUGCCGUCCGAGUUUGGAAACCUGAAAGCAUUGAACAGACUUUCGCUCCGAGAUGAUUCCCUUACAGGCAGCAUUCCGACGGAAUUGUUUCUCUUGACAGCAUUGACUGAGGUCGACUUUGACUACAAUUCCUUCAAAAACUUCCCAUCCGAAGUUGGCUUGCUAUCAGCUCUUACUAAUCUUGGGAUUGAAAACAAUUCGCUGGAAGGGACGCUCCCGUCAGAAGUCGGACUUCUCUUGCAGCUAACCCGGCUUGAUCUUGUUGGAAACUCCUUGAAUGGAACGCUGCCAAGCGAGUUAGGUUUGAUGACUGCCCUGAAUGGAAUCUAUGUUUAUGACAUGAGCUUUUCAGGCUCGAUUCCGUCGGAGCUGGGCUUGCUGCAAACAAUGCAAUGGCUCUACUUAUACAACAACAGCUUUACAGGAACUGUUCCAACCAGCGUCUGCAUGUUGGCUCUGACCAGACUGGAUGCAUGCUAUGUGGAUGAAGGUGAAGUUUCUGUCCCCGAUAAUUGCCCUUGUGGUUUGCCCUAG